UCAAGUUGUUUAUUGAUGAUAAUUUUGGACUGUGGAUUUGCUUUUGAUGUAGCUGGGAUGAGUGGGCACUCAGUGUGGUGCAACCUCAUUUGUAGAUUAAAGAAGCUGCAUAUUAGAAGGGGUCGAAGAAUAAAAGGAAGCGGAGCUGUGGAUCGUAUUUGCAGUGACUUGGAAUGAAGGACUUCUUUUGAUUCACGAAGGACGUGUAGGCCCUUGCCCUUUUCCAUUUCUCUAGGAAUUCCUCCCCUGUUCCAUACUCUUCCACACACCUUCCAAUCCGUAGGCUCCGACUCACCCCAUUUAAAGACCUUUGCUAAAGCCUGCCCAAUUCCCUCAUGUCACGAGGCUGUAAAGCAGUAGAAACAACGACUGAAGCCCUGGAUUGCUCAUCUACUUUCCAUCUCUCUACCGUUUCGAUGGCAUAUAAAAGGGGAGGAAAGCAACUUGCUUCAAUAGGUGUGUACGAAGCUCCAAACUCGUGAAAGUAGAUCUAGUUUCCAUUUCCAGCGAUGGCCUCAGGAGAGAAGAGCUGGGCGGUCGACGUCCGAAGCCAGCUGAAGAACGCGAAUCCUGCGGAGGAGAUGGAGCUGUGGAAGAGGCAAUCCAUCUACAGGGUGCCCGCAUGCAUCAAGGAUCUCAACAGCAAAGCCUACAAGCCUCAGGUGGUGUCGUUUGGGCCCUUCCACCACGGCGAAGCCCAGGUGAUGCCCAUGGAAGAGCACAAGCACCGAGCCCUCCUCCACAUCCUCAAGAGGUCGGAGAAGCGCUUCGAUGACUUCGUGACUGCAAUGGGGGAGGUGGUGCAGGAGCUGCAGGAUGCCUAUCAGAACCUCGACGAGGAGUGGAGGAGAGAGAAACAGAAAUUCUUGCAGCUUAUGAUUGUUGAUGGAUGUUUCAUGCUUGAAAUCAUACGUGCGUCCACUGGGCCGUCCAAUGACUACGCCUUCAAUGAUCCCAUCUUUAGCAGUCAUGGGGUGCUCUACACUGUGCCUUACAUAAGGAGGGACAUGCUGAUGAUCGAGAACCAGCUACCUUUGCUGGUUCUGGAGAAUCUGGUUGCCGUUGAGACCGGCAGACCUAAGAACGAGGAUCAGAUCAACAAGCUGGUUCUCAAAUUCUGCGCUCCCAUCGCCCGGCCGCCGCUGGCGGGACUGGGUCUGGGCCUCCACGCCCUCGACCUCUUCCGCAGGAGCAUGCUCUACGGCCCUACCCACCGGUCCGCCGCAGUGUCGGAGCCGGCGUCCAGCGAGAUCAUCCGGUCGGCGGUGGAGCUGUACGAGGCCGGCAUCCGGUUCAAGAAGAGCAAGACCAGCAGCCUCCACGACAUCAAGUUCAGCCACGGCGUCCUCAGCCUCCCCGUCAUCGUCGUCGACGACACCACCGAGUUCAUGUUCCUCAACCUGAUGGCCUUCGAGCGCCUCCACGUCGGCGCCGGCAACGAGGUCACCUCCUACGUCUUCUUCAUGGACAACAUCAUCGACUCCGCCAAGGACGUCAGCCUGCUGAACUCCAAGGGGAUCAUCCAGAACGCCGUCGGGAGCGACAAGGCCGUGGCCAAGCUGUUCAACAGCCUGUCCAAGGACGUGGUGCUCGACCCGGAGAGCAGCCUGGACGGCGUGCACCGCAAGGUGAACGCCUACUGCCGGAAGAGGUGGAACAUGUGGCGGGCCAACCUCAUCCACACCUACUUCAGGAGCCCAUGGGCAGUCCUCUCCCUGGCGGCCGCCAUCUUUCUCCUCCUGCUCACGGUGCUGCAGACAUUUUACAGCGUCUACCCUUACUACAAACCGUCGGAGAGUGGCGGCUCCUCUCCUUCGCCUCCCGUGCUCGCGCCCCCUCCAUUUCGAUCUCGCCAUUGAGUGCUUGCUUCUUUCUUGGGCUUCUGUCAGCCGGUUCGGUGUGCACUCUUUCUUGAUGGGCUUACCAUUUGUGGGCCGACGUGAGGGCUUUUUGUUUUCCACUUUGGGUUAUGUUUGCAAUUGUUUGUUUGGAGACCUCUGAUCUCUUUAUUUGUUCGUUGAUUGUGACUGGAUUUAUUUCUUUCUUGUUCA